AUGGAUUCUCACCUUUACCAAUUCUGGUGGGGUGAAACUCUUGACCCUAAGGAUAGAAAAUUGCAUCUUUUAGGUUGGAAUGCUUCUUGCUCCCUUAAGUCUGAAGGUGGGCUUGGUUUUAGGAAAUCUGAACUUAAUAAUUUGGCUAUGUUAGCUAGAAAUGCUUGGAAAAUCAUUGAGAAUCCUAAUUUCCUUUUAGGUACUGUUUUGAAAGCUCGUUAUUUUCCUAAAACUGAUUUUCUUAAUACUACUUGCCCUGAUAAUUGUUCCUGGACUUGGAGAUGCCUUCAUACCAUUAAAGAGAUGAUUAAACCCUUCAUUUCUUGGAUUGUUGGGGAUGGAAAGUUCAUUGACCCCUGGUGCGAUAAAUGGAUCCCUACUUUAGGUUCUGCCACCCCUAAUCCUUUGGUCCCUCCUGACCCUAGUGUUAAAGUCUCUUACUUCAUUGAUGAUUCUAUUAGAUCUUGGAAUUUAGUUAAACUAAAUACUCAUUUUGAUGAUGCUUUUGUUCAGAAGAUCAUCACCAUUCCCUUAAGCCAGUUAUGUAAUCCUGAUAGGAGCGCUUGGGAGUUUUCAAAGAAUGACAGUUUUUCUUCUAAAUCUGCUUACUUGGGAUUAAGAGGGUCUGGGCCCUCCCCUAGUAAUAAACUUUAG